UCUUCCUCUUGGGAACGAUUAACUGGGCAGAUAAUAUCAAUACUAUGUGUAGCUUUUCGGAUUAGGUAGAGGGAAAAUUCCAAUAUUCGGACAGUUUUGUCCUUUGUCUCAACGUUUUCUCUUGUACUUGUCGUGUGGGAUAAACUAGGAACAGUCGGCUGUCAACUAAAGUGGAUUAUUUUGCUCGAAGCGGAUUGCAGCCAUGAUGGCGUCAAGCUACAACGCUAAGGAAGAGGACGGACACCACUCAGGCGCUUCGAAUCACGGUGGCCCGGGCGCUGUGAAAAGUAAAAAACCGGACAACACAGCGUUCAAACAGCAGAGACUACCUGCCUGGCAGCCCAUCCUGACAGCAGGAACCGUGCUGCCAGCUUUCUUCGUUAUCGGUCUCAUCUUCAUCCCCAUCGGCAUCGGCCUGUAUGUCACAUCAAACAACAUCAAAGAGUUCGAGGUUGAUUACACUGGUGUGGACACAUCCAGUCCAUGCUACAGCUGUGCCCGAAACUACAGCUGGAACAGCACAACACCAUGCAUCUGCUCUGUGGAGUUCACAUUGGAACAGCCAUUUGAGAACAAUGUCUUCAUGUACUACGGCUUAUCCAACUUCUAUCAGAACCACAGACGUUACGUGAAGUCCAGGGAUGACAGCCAACUGAAUGGCGACCGGAAUGCUUUGAAGAACCCCAGCAAAGAAUGUGAGCCGUACCGUACGAGUGAUAACACGCCGAUUGCUCCAUGUGGGGCAAUUGCUAACAGCCUUUUCAAUGACACUCUGGAGCUGUAUCAUAUUGAUCCCAGUGGCAACAAAACUGCAAUUCCUCUGGUAAAGAAGGGCAUUGCUUGGUGGACAGACAAGCAUGUGAAGUUCAGGAAUCCUGGUGGAAACAACAACCUUACUGUGGCGUUUCAAGACACAGCCAAGCCAGUGAACUGGAGAAAGCCAGUGUAUGAGCUAGACCCAUCAGAUGCUGAGAACAACGGCUUUAUCAAUGAGGACUUCAUUGUGUGGAUGCGCACGGCUGCGUUGCCCACCUUUCGCAAGCUCUAUCGUAUCAUCCAGAAGAAGUCAAGCACGACCCCAACUCUACCCAGUGGCAAAUACCACUUGGAUAUCAAUUACAAUUACCCAGUGCUCAGCUUUGAUGGUCGCAAGCGGAUGAUCCUGAGCACCAUCUCCUGGAUGGGAGGGAAGAACCCCUUCCUUGGCAUCGCCUACAUCACUGUGGGCUCCAUCUGCUUCUUCCUGGGUGUUGUUCUGCUGAUCAUCCACCACAAAUAUGACACACGCAACAACAGUGCAGAUAUUCCCAACUAAACAGUUCCUGUGUGGCAACCUCCUGUCUCUGCAUUCCCGGGUGACCCCACAGGGUCCUUUCUGGACUGCUUGUUGAUUUUUAGUGUGAAUACACUGUAAAUGUCUGUUGUGUGUUUGUGUAAGAGCAGUAGUGUUUCUGUGUCUCAUCAAAAGUUGUUUUAAUGCAUAGGACAACUAAGGCAAAAGAGGAAGCUAGAAUCUGUGUCUCUGUGCAUAUAGCUUCAGGCUGGCUGCUGAGAAUGUCAUUUCCUGUCUUCAUUUUUUAAAUUUUCUAUUUAUCUAUA